GACCUCGUUUGUGCUGCGGGCAGAAUACUAGUCAGUUAGUUCUAAAUACAAAGCCUAGUAGGUUGACGUUUGUUGCUCUUUCCUGUGUUGGAUUGUGCAUUGUUCUACUCUUGUCAUUGUGGCAUCCGUAUCAAGGGAUAGGCUACAUUAUGUUUAUUUUAUUUGGAUGAAUCGAGCAGGCAGCAAGUUGCAAGAACUGGAUCGCUGAACCUGCCACUUGCGAGCCCAUGAUCCCGUUGACUUGAAGCGUACUGUAUGUUGAUGAAAUUCAAGCAUGUCAGGAAAACAAUUUAAAGGUCAUGAAGUCAGUUGCUGCAUCAAAUAUUUUAUUUUUGGAUUUAACAUAAUAUUUUGGCUGCUCGGUGUGGCCUUCCUGGGCAUUGGACUAUGGGCCUGGAAUGAGAAGGGUGUUCUCUCCAACAUCUCGUCCAUCACAGACCUGGGGGGCUUUGACCCCGUCUGGCUCUUCUUGGUGACGGGAGGGGUCAUGUUCAUCCUGGGCUUUGCCGGUUGCAUCGGAGCACUGAGGGAAAACACCUUCCUGCUCAAGUUUUUUUCUGUGUUCCUGGGGAUCAUCUUCUUCCUGGAGCUGACAGCUGGAGUGUUGGCCUUCACCUUCAAGGACUGGAUCAAGGACCAGCUCAACUUCUUCAUCAAUAACAACAUCCGGGCAUACCGUGACGACAUCGACCUCCAGAACCUUAUAGACUUCACUCAGGAAUAUUGGGAUUGUUGCGGCGCGUUCGGAGCGGACGACUGGAACCUCAACAUCUAUUUUAACUGCACGGACACCAACCCCAGCCGGGAGAAAUGUGGAGUCCCCUUCUCCUGCUGCACCAAGGACCCUGCGGAGGAUGUGAUAAACACGCAGUGUGGCUAUGACGUACGAGACAAAACUGACGUAGAGCAGAAGACCUACAUCCAUGUGAAAGGCUGUGUGCCACAGUUUGAGAAGUGGCUACAGGACAACCUGACGCUAGUGGCUGGGAUCUUCAUAGGAGUUGCGUUGUUACAGAUAUUUGGAAUAUGCUUGGCACAAAACUUAGUUAGUGACAUCGAAGCUGUGAGAGCAAGCUGUUUAUUUACCUGAUGUCGCUGCCCGGCUUGACCCAGGAACGCACAGGUCUCUUCAGCAUGGCUACGCCAGUCUCAGAGCAUCAACAGAUGCUAGAACUAGGAAUGAUACCACCUGCACCAUAUUCCGUCGUGAUGACUGGCACAUUCUGAUCCUUUUUAAGAGGUUUGGGCUUGCAAAAUUCCAGUAACUUUCCAGAAAUCCCAGUUGGAAGAUUCCUCCAAUCAGGAUUUCUGGAAAACCUGGGAAGUUACCCACGCUUUGCAUCCCAUUUGUUCCAUGUGGUAAACAGUGUAGAAAUGUACAGAAAAUAAUGAAGACAAAAAAAUGUACUUGGGGGUGUUUGUAAAUGCACUGCAUGCCUAUCACAAUGGCAUGGACUCGUUUAAAUUCAUGAUGUACAGAAGCUCUUAUUGACACAGGUAUUUUUAACAGUAAAAUGGUAGCUGUAUGUGGCGACACUGAGCAUUAGGGAAGAGGGUAAUGGUGCUAGAAUACAAAUGUACAGUAAUAGUCGCAGCCCUCAAGUCGUUCGCUUUGAACUGCAGUAGACUUGUAGGCUCAAGAGUUUCUGUGGCACAGAUGGGCAUUCGUUAUAUUUCAUGGCAUCUCUACCUGGGUGAAAUACAUACAGGUACGUUACAUACUUUCAAAUACUUGAGGUGGGCCUGAUUUAGCAAGAGUUUGCACUUUUGGGGGGGACUAGUCAAUUGGUUCUAUUGUAACAGACAAGCUAAAUCAAGCACACUUCCAAGUAUCAAUUUAUUUGACCCAGGUCUGAUCUCUGCACACUCAUACAUUAAAAUGAAUUGUCAAUACAUUCAA